CCGAAUCGUUUAGCCCCAAAAUGAUUUUGUGUAGUGUGCACUCAAAUAAAUGUCUUCUGAAUAAAAACAACAACAACAAGUGAAACAAUCAUCCUGUGUGCAUUGGUUAAGGAGUUUGAAAAAGGGCAGCUGGGGUUUCCCUUUCUGAAAAAGAAAAGAAGAAUCAUUACUAUAUCCUCUGAGUAGCAUUUCCUCAUGUUAUGGAUCCAUGUAAUGUCUAAUGCCAAUAUUCCAGCUCUGGUGAGAUCCAUGAAUGUAAUGGCGCACAUGUGCUAAUGCUCUUAUGGGAUACAGUGAACAGGAUUAUGGAUUGUUUGGGGUUUCACUAGUUUGCUUGUAAGCCAGCACAUAGCGAGUGUUUCUCUACCCCGGCUUUGCUUGUGUAAGCUGCAUUCAGUAGGAGCGCGCUGGUUCAGUGGGAGGAUGGUGCUUACAUAAAAGCCUCCACAGCAGUGAGACGGAGGGGGCGGGGCUUAGACCUCAGGAGCGUGCAUGCGUCCUGGCCGGGACGGGACGGGGUGGGGGGAGUCAGUGAUGCAGUGAAUGAAUGCCACUUGGCCGCUGAUCCGUAACUGAGUGAGGGACAAAGGCCUCCUGGAGAGCGGAGCACAGCUCCUCAGCCUUGGGAUAAACGCUGGGGCUGCAGCUGGCCGCUCCUCUCCUCUCUCUUCAUCACUGCAGCACGCUGAGGAUGGUCUGAGUGAACUGAGCCAUACUCAGGCUUCCCAUCUGGAUCUCCUCCAUCGCUCUCUUCCUGCUCUCCGUUCCCCGGAUCCUCAGGCUGAAGACCUCCUCCAUCAUCCCAGAUCAGACCUUUGAGACGCGAGAUUUGUGCCCCGUCCAGAGCCGCCAGAGCCCCUCAGGGCCCACGGGCAAAGCGGCACUUUAGGACUGACUGUCUGCGAGUCAUGAGUGAAUUCUGGCUGUGCUUCAACUGCUGUAUCGCCGAGCAGCCGCAGCCGAAGCGGCGGAGACGUAUAGAUCGGAGUAUGAUCGGCGAGCCCACCAAUUUUGUCCACACGGCGCACGUAGGCUCUGGAGAUAUCUUCAGUGGCAUUAACUCUGUGAACUCAAUCCAGAACCAAAUGCAGUCUAAAGGAGGCUAUGGAGGAGAGGCCAUGUCUGUUAACGUACAGAUGCAGCUGGUGGACACAAAAGCAGGAUAACUGGUGUUGUUUGGAAGGGGGUCCCAUGACGUACUGGCUCCCUUCCAGCAGCUUCUCACCUCAUUCUUACCCAGCAAACACAUGGACAGUUGUGCACCUGGUAAAGAGGCCGUCCUGGCCAUUGGACAGCAGGAUCCCACAGCGCUUCAGUGUUGUGUCCGUUACUGCUCGCAUCGCAUGCCCCUCCAGCCUAGGAGUGCAAAUGUGUCCCUGCUUUUUUUCUGUGGUGUGCUGUAAACUCUUGUUUUUUCCAUCACGCACAUUUGUGGGCCUGGAGCCAGUAGGAACAGUUGUUUUGGGUUGGUUCUCUUUAGCUUGCUCAUUUCGCCAUGAAAAGACUUUGCUUUGUUUUUGAUUCCGUGAUCCGCACAGAGCCGACAACGAUGUUUGUAUGAGAAAGUGGCUGCUUACAGUCAUGCGGUGCCAAACUGCUCAGUGCAAUGGAAAGACAAGAAGUACUUCGAUUCUUACUUUGCUGUUUACAGUGUUCCUGAUUGUUUUCAAUGCAAUGAUUUUAAAGAUUAGCAUAAUCACUGAUGUUGAAAGGCAUGAGGGGUAUUUCACCCUCAGCUGUGUCAAUGUAUGUCUGUAACUUGAUGUAAAGCAACUAAGAUAGUGUACAGAUAAAAUGUAUAAAAACAUUUUUAUUAGUUCUAGUGCUCUUUAUCGAUGUAGCUACAGGGGCAUUUCAGUAAAUAAGGUAACGAGUAAAUUUACUCAGGUAAUAUGGCCACAAAACAGCGCCACCUAUCGGCCAUAACGUCCAGUUUGAAGACGACUGGACUCGUAAUAUAGAUCCUAAUAAAACUUUAAGAUGCACAAUAAGAGUAUGUUUCUGAGCCCUUAAGAAGACAUAGUGAUGGAAAACAUGAGAUUUUGAGUAUGCUUGCAAAGGUUUAGCUUUUCCCUGUUGAUGGAAAUAACAUGAGAUUGAAGGGGAAACAAACUUUUUGGGGGUGUGUGCAGUACUUUUGCAAGCAAAUGUACAUUUUCUUAGGUGAAUGCAAAAUAUUGACUUUUUUUUUACAUCACCACGUUCCUUUAGGGGCUCCAUAUCAAAAGACACAAUGGAAGCUGAAAUGAACUGCUUGCUUGUAGAGAUCAUCCAACCAAAAAAUUAUAGAAAUAUUAAACGUGUACCUUAUUUACUGAAAGGCCUUCACGUUAUAAAGUCACAGACUUGUUUCUGGGAUCAUUCCUCUCUCUCUUGCCUAGUUUCAUUCAAAUGUUGUUCUAGAACUUAUAUUUUUAUUUUUGGUAGAGUUAUAUUCUCUCAAAAAGGUGGUGAUAAAUCUCACGAAACCUGUCGAGAACAAGAAAGUCCUGAUUAAAUUUAAGGCCCAAAAAUGAAGAGACCACCCCCACAAAUGUUUCACAGUUAUUUAAAAAGUCAAUUUUUAGGAGCAUUAAUAUUAUUGCAUUGUGUUAUGUAAUGUUCAUAAUUCAAUAACCUCCACACCCUUCACUUCUCAUUACCAUGACGCAAAAAAAAAAAAAAAAAAAAAAAUCUGAUUUGAAUAAGAAAUAACUUGUGCUUAAAAAUAUAAUAAUAAAUGAUAAUAAAAGAUAAUAAUGAAAAUAAUGAUACAAUGCAAUGUAAAUAUAUAUAUAUAUAUAUAUAGGAUAUAUGCAUAUCCUUUGAAUUUUUGUGUGGAAAGUGUACUUGGACCUGGACAUGUUCUUGUGAGAUUCAUCUUGUGACUGUCUUCAAGAUUAAGCAGGCCGUUUAAUUCGAUUUUCUGAUAAUUUAAGCCAAUCAGCCGGCUGUGUGUUAUUAUACAGUGAACGCUCCUGUUCUUCACUCAGGUCAAGAUAAAAACAGCUAAAGUCUUCUGAAACCUCAUUAAAUCCAAUGCUAUGACAAAAGCAAACUUUUAAAUGGUAUGAGACAAGCAUGUAAUUAUUUUACAGUAUUGUCACGCAGUUCAAAACUGUAUAUUUGGGUAAAUUAGUUCCCUUCAUUUUUGAGCCCGUGUCGUGAGGUUUAUGAAUUUUCAUAAAGGGUCAAAUCCUUUUAGCUGUUUGGUAUUGUGUGUUAUGUUAAUAAGGCCUGCUGUGUCAUUGUGAAUAUUUGCCAAAUGAAACUGUAGAAUCUUUAAAUACUGGCUUAGAGAAAGUCAAAAGAUGACUUGUAUUUGAUAUAAAUGCAAGUAUAAUUCCCAGUAGGUUUUUAACAUGGCAUGCUAUCAGAAAUGUAUCUGUGCAUCAGUCCCUGUUAACUGUUGUCUUUUCUCAAGUGCUUUAUGUUUGUAUAUACUGUAUCUACAGUCUGUCUGCCACCAUACUCCCUUAAAUUAUUUCCCGUUUUGCUACCGGUGUGUUUUAUUCUUUAUUUUGCCUCACGUCGGAGAGCUCUGGCAGUCCAUGUUCAAUGUGGAUGGUGCAAUUAUGGAUGUAGAAAUAAAACCAGAAGCAAAUGUGACAUGCA